UUAUGGCUACUAGCCUACAGGCAGAGUCCAUUGUGAGACCGCAGGUCGAGAGGAUGCCAGCUCGAGUGUGCUGCUCGUUGAUUGCCGUUUUGUUGUGUCUCUCUGUAUACUUGAGCACAACAGAUGCCAGAGUACGUGUCACAGUAAAACGAACCGUUCAAUUGGAUAAAGAGUUGUUACCAGCAAAGCCAGGAGUAUGUCCUAUAAACAAUCUUCAAGUAGCAGUGUUAGGAAUGUGUGUCGAAUCGUGUUCCCAUGACAGUGACUGUCCAAACGAUGAGAAAUGCUGCAGCAAUGGAUGUGGACAUCAGUGUAUGCCUCCAUAUGCAGCAAAGCCAGGAGUAUGUCCUAUAAACAAUCUUCAAGUAGCAGUGUUAGGAAUGUGUGUCGAAUCGUGUUCCCAUGACAGUGACUGUCCAAACGAUGAGAAAUGCUGCAGCAAUGGAUGUGGACAUCAGUGUAUGCCUCCAUAUGCAGAAAAACCAGGAGUGUGUCCAAGGAGAGUCCUUGGAGUAGGAUUGUGUGCCAAGUUGUGUGCCCAUGACAUUGACUGUCCGAAAGAUGAGAAAUGCUGCAGCACUAUAUGUGGACGUGAAUGUACACCUCCAUAUAAAGUGAGGCCUGGUCUAUGUCUCAGACCGAUGUGCUGA